AUGCACCUGCCGGGCUGCGCGCCAGCCAUGGCCGACGGGAGCUUCUCGCUCGCUGGCCACCUGCUCCGCAGCCCGGGCGGCAGCUCCUCGCGGUUGCACAGCAUCGAGGCCAUCCUGGGGUUUACCAAGGACGAGGGGAUCCUUGGCACCUUCCCGGCGGAGCGGAGCGCCCGGGGUGCGAAGGAUCGGGAUAGGAGGCUGGGCGUGCGGCCCGCCUGCCACAAAGGACCUGGAGGAGGCACCGAGCCGUCCCCUUCGCCAGCCCCGGUGCCCGUCUCGGAGUACGAAGUCUCUCGUCCCUGCUGCACCAAGGAGCCCGGGGAGGCGAGGCCCAGCCCAGGGCUGCCAGUUGGACCAGCAGCUGGCGACUCAAAGCUGUCUGAGGACGAGCAGCCCAAGAAGAAGCACCGGAGGAAUCGCACGACUUUCACCACGUACCAGCUGCACGAGCUGGAGCGCGCGUUUGAGAAGUCCCACUACCCUGAUGUGUACAGCCGCGAAGAGCUGGCGGGCAAGGUCAACUUACCCGAGGUCCGGGUCCAGGUGUGGUUCCAGAACCGUCGGGCCAAGUGGCGGAGGCAGGAGAAGCUGGAAGUGUCGUCCAUGAAGCUGCAGGACUCGCCCCUUCUCUCCUUCAGUCGCUCCCCGCCAUCGGCGGCCCUUGCGCCCCUCGGGGCUGGCCCGGGCGGCGGCAGUGGCCCUCCGGGGGGCGCCCUGCCCCUGGAGUCGUGGCUCGGGCCGCCGCUGUCCGGCGGGGGCGCCACGGCGCUACAGAGCCUGCCGGGCUUCGGGCCACCGGCACAGAGCCUGCCCGCCAGCUACACGCCGCCACCACCGCCCUUCCUCAACUCCCCGCCUCUGGGCGCCGGCCUGCAGCCGCUCGGGCCGCAGCCGCCCGCCUAUCCGUGCGCCCCCGGCUUCGGGGACAAGUUCCCGUUGGACGAGGCGGACCCGCGCAACAGCAGCAUCGCGGCGCUGCGCCUGAAAGCCAAGGAGCACAUCCAGGCCAUCGGGAAGCCGUGGCAGGCCCUCUAG